UAUAAGCCUCCUUUCUGUCCCUCGCUGCGCACUGUAGAAGCAGGAAGAAGUGCUGUAACAUUUUAAAUACAUUGCAUGCCCGUCCUCUUUGAGAUACAACCAUUAGAAUGGAGGGUGAAACUACAAAGUUGCUUAAUAACGGCUCACGCUGCAUAUUUUUCAAUACAGAUUCAGACGACUAUCGAUGUGUGGUGAUUUUAACGGUGAAGCGAGCAACGGGCACCUUCUCAUUAGUUGGAUGAAGAUGAUUCUUAGCCUGACAGUAGCAGCCUUCUUUGACAGCGCAGCAUAUGUCAUGGGCGAGUCCCAUCCGGAAGGCUUUCUGUGCGCUUUUCAGGGGCUGUGGCUCACUUACUUUGACUGGUGUGCCCUGGCCUGGGUCUGCCUCAUCACAUUUAACCUCUACCUCAACCUGGUCAGAGAGAUCAGCACCAGCAGAUAUGAGACGUGAGUGGUGGUCUGGGAGGGGGGGAGAAAGGGGGGCUGGGGGGGAGGGUACAGAGGGGACCGCUCUUUUUGAAUUAACAGCCAGUGACUGUCCUUGUCGGCCGCCUAGGGUCUUUCCUGCUAACUCUCUCUCUCUCUCUUUGUGUGUGCGUGUGUGUGUGUAUCCGUGGACCACACAUUUGUAAAUCAUCAGUGUGUGUG